CGUACUGCUCCUCAUAAAAACAGCUCGUUCUAUUCGGAAGUUUUAGGCUCUGCGAGUUUCCCUUGGUUAGAGAAAUAUCAAGUCUUUGGUGUUCCUCGGUUCAUCAACAACAUAAUAUCUUCCGUCUCUGUCUUGUACUAACUUUGAAGCCCACCCAGAAAUCAGAAAAAUGCCAAUCUUCCGUGAACCUCUGCCAGCAGGACCGCUGGAAAUGAUGGCUGAAGAAGAGAUCAAAUACCAAUCGGAAGCGUCCCAGAUGUACGUCGGUACCAAAAGUGAAGGAUCCGGACGUCUGAUCCUGACCACUGCCCGCGUCGUAUUCCAAACCGCAGAAAGGCAGGUGACUGUGGACUAUCCCUCUAUUGUGCUGCACGCGGUGUCGAGGGAUCCGAAGGCAUGGAAAGAACCAUGUACUUAUGUUGUGGAAAUAUGAUUUUUUAUGUUGAUAUGAAGUUAAUUAUGUUCAUCUUGAUGUCGUGGUCAAUUAUGAAGAUAUUAUGCUCACCUUGAUGUGGUCAAUUUUCAUUACUAGCUUGCAGAAGGAGCUCGACGUCUUCCUCCUUGGUCGUGUAUUUUCAUCAUCUUCCCCAAAAAUCAAAAAAGCUUUACAGGUCUAUAUUGCCAACUCCGCACUGACAACGAGGAAAGUCCUAUCUCUGCAGUCGAUUCCGAGGGCUCUCCCACUGUAGGCGACGCUGAUGAUGAGGAUCCGUUCGCGGCUUCCGAGCUACGCUUUGUCGUCAAAGAAAGGGAAAACCUUCAAGGUGGUAAAGGUCCUGUAGUUCCAGCAUCAACUAACUCAACAUUAACUAACAGAGACGCUCUCCAACAACUGUUCGAUACUAUGUCCGAGAUGAUCGCUCUCCAUCCGGAUCCAGAUCAAGAGGAGGACUCUGACAGUGAGGUCGACGAGGAGAAUAUGGAAGCUGGAGGUUGGGUCUUUGCGGAUGGCUUCGAUCCUUCCAGUUUAGGCCUGACCGGAGGCGCCAAGAACAUCUUGGGAGAAGAGGAUAUGAUGCAGAUGAAUGCAGCAGCACCAAAUGCUGAUGCCAUGGAGGAUGCACCUGAAGAUGAUCCGAUGGAAGGAUAAGAUUUCCACGGCCACCUGUAAGAGAAAAAACAUUGUAAUGUUCACGAAUGGUUUGAAGCAAUAGGAAUACCCCUCCUUACCAAAGUGUGUGACCAAAUCUCACCCUGAUCUCACUAAAGAAACUCACCUCCCCUGAACCUGAUGCAGGUAUCUCUAUCUGGUUCAGCAGGUAUGAAUGAAAGACGAAGUAUAUCCACCUUUCCACCAUCGCCU